GUUUAGAAAUUCCCAAUAACAGAAGGUUGGCCAUCAUCACGAACUACGCUUCUGCUACGAUUAGGACAUACUCAGUCAGAGAUACUCUUCGCAAGGCACUACAGGAUAAUCAAAGAGUGACAGGUUCCAGUUUAUUUACUCUCAACAUAUAAGCCAAGGCUCCAGAAAAAAAGGGAUUGGGUGCAGAGGAUGUCCAGAGCUGACUGGGGUUUUCUGGAGCAUCUGCUGGAGGAAGGUCAGGAGUACUCAACUGGCAUUGGGCGCGUGUGGCUCACCGUGCUCUUCCUGUUCCGCAUGCUGGUCCUGGGCACAGCGGCUGAGUCCGCCUGGGACGACGAGCAGUCCGACUUUGUGUGCAACACCAAGCAGCCUGGCUGCGAAGCUGUCUGUUACGACAAGGCCUUCCCUGUUUCGCACUUCCGCUAUUUUGUCCUACAGGUCAUCUUUGUCUCCACACCCACCAUUUUUUACUUUGGCUACGUGGCCUUGCAGGCACGCAAAGCACAGAAGCUGGGUGAGGGCACAGAGGAGGAUUGUAGGAGAGUGCAGGAGGGCAAGGCCCUUGUGGAGAGGCUAGAUGUGAUCCACGAGGAGGAUGAGGAAGGAGAAAAGCAGGUGGUGAAGCAGAAGACACAUGCCCCACCUCCAAAGCUCAAAGGGAAGCUACUGGGUGCAUAUGCUCUUAGCAUAGCCCUGAAGGUUGUACUCGAGGUGGGCUUCAUUGUAGGUCUGUGGUUCCUCUAUGGAUUUGUGAUUCCAGAAAGGUAUGAAUGUCAGCGAGAUCCCUGCCCUCACACAGUGGACUGCUUCAUCUCUCGGCCCACUGAGAAGACUAUUUUCACUAUCUACACUCAGGUAAUUGCUGUGAUAUCUGUGCUCCUGAACAUUUUGGAGCUCUUACACCUCCUUCAACUGUCCAUCACGUAUUGCCUGGAGAAGAAAUAUGAGGAGAGGUAUGAGUACCAGGGACUAGGGGUUAGGGUGAAAGAGAAGACACCCACAAAUCUGGAGCUUACACAGGUGGAGGCUCUAUACCAGGAGAAAGGCCAUCUCUUUCUCCCUGCAGAAAACAGCAGCUAUACUCAGUCUAACUUCAGCUGGACUAAAAGAGACCCCCGCUUAACAGAUGACAUGCUUCCUGCCUAUGCAAACUGUGUUCAUAACAACACUCACAGAAGUUACUCAAAAAAAACACACACCCACACUAAACACAAUAAGAUUGAAUCUAAAGAGAAGCUCUCAGAAGUAAAACAUUAUGUAUAAAGAGAUAUAUAGGGGAGGAAUUGAAACUGUUUUGCCUUGGUCCAAUUUAUUAGAUCCUGCUUGGAACAAUCAGGGUGGGGCAUGAAAUUCCCCGGCUUUGUUCCCAGUGCUUUACUUUGAGGCAAACAUGCCAUUUCCCUUGUUUGGAUGGACAGUGGAAUGUACUGCAGUGUAGGCUGUACUGCAUUCAUGCAGCAGCAUCUAAAUCUGGCAAGGGGGGGUGAGGUGAUAUUUAGCCAGACCUCAUUAAAAACCUUGCUUCAGCAGUGCUGAUCACCAAUCUCCAGACACAAAUUCUGGUUCUUGUGGAAAAAGCAUAGCCAAAGUGUGGCUUGAGAUGAACUGCUCAAUGAGUGACUGAGGUACAGCAAAAUGUAGCAAUUAAAGGAAUAUUCCACAUUUUCAAGUUCAUACUGAAUAUAAACAAAAAGUUAGUGAACAAUACCAGAAAUACUGUAUUUUGUUUCUUCUAAGCUGGUGUAAGUAUAUAAAGUCCACUAACCGAAGGCUGUACAAAGCCCAAUAAAUCUCACCACAUAUAAUCAAAGUCUUAUUCAGCCAAGUACACAGUUACCAAAAGUGUAUUUCCACUUACAUUUGACCAGAAAAAACUGUUAGAUUUCUAUAUAGUGGAAUAUUUCUUUAACAAAUAACAAUGAAGUAAAUUAUCUACUAGACAAAUAUGUGAAUGAAAAUGAGAUAUAUUUAAUAAUUAC